AUGUCCGAGCAGAAGAAGAAGCUCGUGGCCUACCAUGAGGCUGGCCAUGCGAUCCUGGGUGCGUUGAUGAACGAUUAUGACGUGGUGGCAAAGAUCAGCAUUGUGCCACGUGGACCAGCAGGUGGCGUCACGAUCUUCAUGCCAUCGGAGGAUCGCUUGAACUCCGGGCUCUACUCCAAGGAGUUUUUGGAGAAUCGCAUGUGCGUUGCGCUUGGUGGGCGCCACCUGGCUGUUGCAUAA